GGCUCCGCCCAGUCCGCGGCUCCUGGCCAGCGUGGAGAAUCAGCUCAGCGGCAGCAGCUGCUCGAAUCCCGGCUGAGAGCAGCGUGGGGCCCAGAGCUGGCGAGCGCCCAGGGCCUGACGCGCGGGGGAAGCCGAGGUCACGGCGCUGGCGCCGUGCGCCGUGUCCUGUAGCGCCCCUGGGCUUGGCGUCGUUCCACCGGCUGAAGAGAAGCCACGUGCUGUGAGUGAUGCCAAACUUUUUCCUCUUACAAACUGAUGGAUUUUCCGUAUCUCAACUAAACAGUAUUGAAACUGUCAAAUCAAAUUUGAAAUAAAUCUGUAUUCAUGAAGAGUGACUGCAUGCAAACCACAGUAUGUCAAGAGAAAAAAGAUCCAAUAGAAAUGCUUCAUUCUGGGCAGCUGGUGAAAGUCUGUGCCCCAAUGGUUCGAUAUUCAAAGUUGGCUUUUAGGACAUUAGUAAGAAAAUACAGUUGUGAUCUAUGCUAUACACCAAUGAUAGUUGCCGCUGAUUUUGUCAGAUCUAUAAAAGCCCGAGACAGUGAAUUUACUACAAACCAAGGUGAUUGCCCAUUGAUUGUUCAGUUUGCUGCUAAUGAUGCAAGACUUUUAUCUGAUGCUGCUCGUAUUGUCUGUCCUUAUGCGAAUGGAGUAGACAUUAACUGUGGUUGCCCUCAGAGGUGGGCAAUGGCAGAAGGUUAUGGAGCUUGCUUAAUAAACAAGCCAGAGCUUGUUCGAGAUAUGGUGAAACAAGUAAGAAAUCAAGUGGAAAAUCCCAGAUUUUCAGUAUCUAUUAAAAUAAGGAUCCAUGAUGACCUUACAAGAACUAUAGAUCUUUGUCGAAAGGCUGAGGCAACAGGAGUUUCUUGGAUUACAGUCCAUGGAAGAACUGUUGAAGAAAGACAUCAGCCAGUUCACUAUGAGGCUAUUAAAAUAAUUAAGGAAAACAUGUCUAUACCUGUAAUUGCUAACGGAGACAUCAGAAACUUAAAAGAAGCAGAAAAUAUAUGGCAUAUUACUGGGACAGAUGGUGUGAUGGUUGCAAGAGGACUCUUAGCAAACCCGGCCAUGUUUGCUGGAUAUGAGGAAACCCCACUGAAGUGCAUCUGGGACUGGGUUGACAUUGCUCUUGAACUUGGAACUCCAUAUAUGUGUUUCCAUCAACAUUUAAUGUACAUGAUGGAAAAGAUAACUUCAAGGCAGGAAAAAAGAGUAUUUAAUGCUUUGUCAAGCACAUCAGCAGUCUUAGAUUACCUUACAGACCAUUAUGGGAUUUGACUGGACUUCCUAAAUUUCCUUAGUAUUUACUUCACUUUAUAUCUACAGUGAAACCACCCAAGGUCACAUUUUGGUUUCUACUUUAAGUCAGUGUCUCUCACACAUUAGCUUAAGAACAGAACCCUGAGAACAUUUUAAAAAGUUUGUCCUAGACCCCAUCCUCAGAGAUUCUGAUUCAGUAGAUCUCUAG